AUGCCCUCUCAAUCUGCAAACAUCCUAUGCAGGGGCGACAACGUCAAAUUUACUGGCGGUUCGCUGAGCUCUAUCGCGCAGCCCACCCCGAUAAAUGCUGGAAGCUACCACGGCAGGAAAGUGGCUUUCGAUAGCAGGCCCAACAAAAUCUUCGCCAUUCUUUGCAAUGAACGUGCAGUCAAUACUGCCGCUACCGCUACGUUACCCUUCGGGACCACUACCGUCAACGGCAUUGCCUCGUCGGUCAUACCAUUCGAGUCCUGCAUCCAAUCUUGUGGAGAUUACACGCCGCCAGCAACCUCCAGCACCAGCUGUGUUGGGGUGGUCUGGGUCGCGACUGCCCAGACUCCCAGUAACGCUGAGCCGUCCCUCGGUAGAUGUGUAGGUUCUGUAUCCUAUCAGGCUGAAAAUCCACCCCCAGUUGACGGUGCGGCGGGGUCAAACACCCAAGACCAAGUGCGCGGCGCGCGUCUUCUCGACUCUGCAGUGCCCAACAGGGGCAGAGUGAACGACGCUAUUUACUUCCAGUCCAAUGUAUUGGGCGUCGAUCUGAGCUUAUGCGGAACAGACGGGAGAUACGAUGGAGCCUGGGUGAAUGUCCAACAGAGGUUGGGCGCUUUCAGAGCUGGAAACAGCAUGUCUUGGUUGAUAUCGUGUAGCAAGGAUCAGAGCUUUGCCGGAACCACAGCGUUCACAGAUGUCAACGACAGAUGGACGCGCACCUCAGCUGGAGGCUUGAAUCAACCCGGUCCGGGUCCAAAGACGGCGGACGACUGUCUCCGCAUGUGUGCUUGGAUUCAAAGGGAGGGCGGCGGCACCACCACCUGCAAAUCCUGGGAAUGGGGCCCGCCCACGAGUGGCUUAUUACUCGCUUCUGGAGGAUUGGCUGCCGGCGAGGCAAACUUCAAUGCUUUGACAUCCUGGAAGCGAAGUAUCUUCGAUCAAGGAGCCAUUGGACGCUACAAGCGGGAUCUAUGGGCUGAAGAACGCAGCGAAGACUGGAUGAAGCCGGAUCUAGUCCUUCCAGGGUAG